AUGGAGCCGACCGGUGCUCCGUGGGGAUGUGGCUCCAGCCUCAGCUCCAUAUAUUACAACCUGUGCGACCUUACUAAAGUGUGGGGGGUUGUGGUGGAGGGCGUUGCUGCUGUUGGCGUGGUGACCUCCUUUGUCCUGUUCAUCAUCCUCAUGGCCUGCUUACCGUUUGUGGAAGACAAGAAGAGAAAGGCUACGAUGGCCUUCCAGGCCGGCAUUCUGAUCUUCACUCUGGGACUCUUUGGACUUACGUUCGCUUUCAUCGUGGGCCGGGACUCCACCAGCUGUACUGCACGCAGGUUCCUGUUCGGAGUUCUGUUCUCAGGCUGUCUAGCCUUCCUGGUGAUGCAUGGGUUGUGGAUUGCCCUGCUGCAGCGGAGAGGUCGGGCUCCCAGGGUCUGGAUACUGUGCCUGGGAGCCCUGGGUCUGUGGCUGGUUGAGGUGAUCAUCAACACAGAGUGGCUCAUCAUCACUUUGACUUGGAGGCCACAGGGCAACAACACUGUCCCUGUCCCUGACCUGUGGUGCAGCAUUGCUAACCAGGACUUUGUGAUGAAACACAUCUAUGUAAUGGUUCUGCUUCUAGCUGUGGUGCUGAUGGCUAUACCCUCACUGACACACAAGCAGAAGCAGUGGCGCAGAGAUGGAGCCUACAUCCUGGUCACAGGGCUCCUCACUGUGGCUAUCUGGGUAGCUUGGAUUGUCAUGUACAUCUAUGGGAACAGAGUGGCCGGGAAUCCAACUUGGGAUGAUCCCACUCUGGCUAUAGCUGCGGUGUCAAACGCCUGGGUGUUCCUCUUCCUCUACACUAUCCCAGAACUCUGCUUACUGACUCUGAAAGACCCAGACCAGGAGGAGCCCCAUGAUGGAGAACAUAUCUAUCCCACCAGGAAAUCGGUUUACGACAACAUCCGCAAGGGGAUGGAGACGCCUCAGAACGUGUACCUGGAGAACAAAGCUUUCACAAUCGACGAGCCUACAACAGUGCCCUCAAAGCCAGUGUCUCCAUAUGGGGGGUACUAUGGUCAGAUGCGAAGCUGUGUUUACCAGCCCACUGAACUCGCCAUGAUAGCCAACGGUCUGACAAAGAUGGACCAAGAAGCUGGGAAGUUUCGACCCACAUCCCCCUUCAGGGGUUCAGGAGGCAGCAGCUCCCCGCCUCAUUCACCAAAUUCCUUACCAUCCUAG